CCCGAAAACGCGCCUGAGGCCUGGAAGCGGAGCUGGCGCCCGCUCGCUUCCCCGUCGGGCCAUGUAACUGAUUCUGUCGCCAUGGAGCCUCCCGACACGAGGGUCCUCCUUUUCCCUUCGGAGGAGACACAAGAUCCUCCCCUGCCAAAUGAAGUUUUAACCUCUGUGGUGCCAAAUCUAACCCCAAGACAUCAAGACCUCAUUCCUACCCCAUGUGGCCCUAUCAAACCUUGGUCGGAGCUGUCCUCUCCGGUCAAGAUCUAUUUCUGCGUCACCAUCCUCUCCCUGUUGAGUGUCAUCGGAUUAACCAUAGAGAACCUCGUUCAGCAGAAGGACGAAGACUUCACUGUCUCUCUCAUUCAGCUGAUUGGCGUUGUCUUCUGCAUCUACUACGUCAGCCGGGGCAUCUUGCAAGAGAACCGCCAGGAGCUCAUCGUCUUCGUCCUCUCCGUCGCGCUGGUCAUGCUGCGCUCAGUCAUCAACUUCAGCGUCCUGCCUGCCGAGCAGAAGCCCAAACUGCUCGCCCGCUUUGUCCUGAUCCUUUUAGUCGGUGCCUUUGACGUGAUCUGCGCCGUGGUCCUCAUUCAGACCGAAAGCAUGAUGGCCUUCCGGGUGGGCGGGGCCUUGGAGAGCCUCCAGGCCCAAUACUUCAUGCUCAACCUCUGCUUUUCCAUGCUGACCUUUGACCUCCAGGCUCAGCUUUGCUUGUGCGUUCUGCUGCUCACCUCGAUUCGGGAGAUCUCAGUUCUGCACAGCAUCUUCCUGGCGGUUGGGAUUCUCUGGGCUGGGCUGAAAGUUGUCUGUGGCAUCAUUGCUAUCUUAAAAGAGUUAAAACCUCUAGCCUGGAUUUUUCUGAGUCAGAAUUUGCCCGAGGUUGCUUAUCUCGCCUACCUGAUCUACACGGUGAUCGAAGAGUGGGGACAAGGGAGUUCCUAUGCACUGGAAGCAGCUGUCAUCACCUGUUCCUGCAUCUCUGUGAUGAUCAAAAGUGUCCUGUUCUGGGCGUUGUUCCAUGUCUACCACAGUUUUGGGCAAGGGCUGAGAGAAAGGAUGUUUUCUUCCUAUGGAAGGAUUGACUCGUGAAGCACGAUGCCUUCUCCAGGUACGGGGCGGCACUCUUACAAAGUGAAGGUGUGCUGCGGGAGAUCAGUUCCCUUCUCCGACCCAAGAAAGUGGGGCCCCGAAAGGCAGGUCGUAGCAGGAGCAGCUUGACCACAGUUCAACAGAAGACGUUUGCACAACCCUCCACCUCCUGGGGCUUGCUGCGGGAACUCUGCUCCGUCAAGUUUGAGUCCUUUUGCCAAACAGCUCCUGCAUGCAGCAACCCCGUCAAGAUUCCUCCGGUGUGUUUGUUUGUUUACGCUAGAUACCACUUCACCCAUUACCCUGCCUUCGAAACAGCUGCCACGACGACCCCCUCCUGCCGUGGCUUGCCUCCCAAGGGUGAGUGUUGCCGACGGACCAUUCAUUUGGUGCUUUCUUCCUCGAGCGCAGUCCUGCACCUAGAUUAGCUUAGGGCACUGCAAACCUGGCGGGGAGGGCCUAGGCGACAGGGCCAGCACCGUCCGCCCUCAUUUGCCGUAUUUCACUGCCGAGAGCCUCAUCCUGGCAAACGAGGAGCUGACAGUCCUCCCAAGUUUUAUCUGUUUUAAGAUGACAGCCCCAUCCAAUGAAAUUUAUGCCUCCCACAUAAGAACCAAAGAUUAGAAAUCUAGCGGAAGGGAAAUGCAGGCAGCUUGAUGCUUUCGUGGGCUGCUUAAAAAGUUGCGCGAGGACCACAUGCAGCCUUCGGGACGCACCACCUCUAGAUGUUCUGGACUGCAGUUCCCAUCAGCACCAGGCACCGCUGGCUGGGGCUGAUGGGAGUUGUAGUCCAAAACAUCUUGUGGGCACAAGCUCAGCAAAGGCCGCUCGAAACCCAGCGCCUCUGCGGUUGCAAAGCCAUCUUGCCUGCCAUUAACCCAAAUCCAAAUGGGUGUGUUUGGUUUGAAACUGGAAGUACGGCUCAAACUGCAGAACCACCGUGACCCCUCUGGCCAGCCACAGCCCCAUCUAGCCUAUAACCUAUAGCCCUGGCAGAACAACACCCAAAUACUGAUGCUGGUGUGUGCUGAAGUUACCUGGUGGGUUCUGUGCUGCUGAAGACCUUCACGGUGGCAAGACACACUGUUUUUACUUGUCUUGGCACUCUUGGCCUCUGGUCCCAUCCCUUUGGUGGAUGGCCGAGGGCCUGUGAAACAGGAGAAGCUCAAGUUCCAUUUUUGCCCCAGGAAGAGUGGCUGAUUCAGCACCCUCAGAAUAGUUGAUGAUUUGGGGCAAAGGGAAGGCACCUUCCCCAAAGGUCACAUGGAGAAGGGCUGCCCCCCACCCCAGCCAACUCCAGAAUCUGACUCCAAGGAGUAUGUCUGUGCCUUAAAACAGGAGAGAGAUUCAGACAGGCAUGAGGAACCUGCAGCUCCCCAGACGUUGCUGCCCAGUGCCUCCCAUCCCUGACCAACAGCAUCUGGAAGGUGGCACUAAAGCUGCUGUGUGGGGAAGCUCUGGCCCGCCAGCUGUGCCAAAUUCCCGGCUCCCAUCAGACCAGCUUGCAUGUCCAGUGGGAGUUGUAGUUCAGCAAACAACCAGAGGCUUCCCCACACACCUGCGCCAAAGCAAGAGGUGAGCAGCUUGUGGCAGUUCCCCAUAUGUUCAACUACAGCUCUCAACAGCCCUGACUGUUAGCUGGGGCUAUUGAGUGUUGCGAGAACAAUGGGGGGCAGGUCCCACAGGUUUCUCCAUGUCUUUGCUAAUCCUACCCCACCCUGGAAAUGUUUGGCCUACAGAGAGCUCUCCUUCCACACAGGGCUCUCAAGAAGACUGGAGCAGCAUGGCCAGCUUGACGCUGGCCCCAGUCUUCCUGUUGGCUUAAUAGGCCCCCCUAGAGGCCCUUGUGGGCUUGUCUACCCCACUUUCCUCGGAAAGACAGCCGAUCACACAUCAGUCCUCAGUGAUGGGAGUCUGCACAGAACAAAACCUGCAGUGCUACAAGGGGAAGGCAGACCCUCCCCAAGCCCCACGGAGGCACAGGCUGUGUUUUUGCCCCUUUAGGGAAACCAUGCACCCGGAGCUGGGUGUCUUGGUGCCUGCGAGAUGCUUUGCCUUGGAAGCCUUUGUUUCAAGGACAGCCUUUGCCAACCUGGUUCCCUCUAGAUGUUCUGGCCUACAACCCCCAGCUGGGCUGGCUGGGGCUGAUAGGAGUUGUAGCCCAGAACAUUUGGAGGGCACCAAGUUGUGUGUGUGUGUGUGUGUCUGUGGGACACUUUCCUUGAAGCUGCCCACAAGCUGCUUGGACAGUGCUUCCACAUCCCACUGGCUAAAGCUUCAGCAAUUUGCUUCCGUCGGUAUUCGUGUGGCUGACUUCUUGCUAAAUCCCAAAUAAUUUCUCUGCCUCCUAACCUGAUUCCUUCCCCUCACACCCUAAAUUAUUAUUUUGGUCCUAAUUUUUCAAACUAACCAAGCCUAUGUGAGUGUCUUAACUGAUGCGCUUUUCAACAGCAGUGAGGGUGGUUUUUUUAAAUUAAGGAAAAAGAAUGUUUAAUACAGUAAUUCAAAGCUUUGUUAAUUUAUUAAGAGGUUUGUUACUGGCCUUGUAUUUUUCAAUAAAGUGUCAAUGCCACCAA